AUGUCUCAUGAUGGGAUGUCCAGGGAGGAAUAUGAGGAGUAUCAAAAGCAGAUGGUGGAGGAAAAGAUGGAGAGAGAUGCAGAAUAUUCUACAAGAAAAGCAGAAAGGGCUUGUUUGAGGACUUGUUUAAGAGAAAAAUAUCGAAUUCCAAAGAGCGAACAGGACGAGAUUAUGAUUCAGCAGGCCGGAGAUGACAUUGACGUGCCAGAAGAACUGAUCAAGAUGGUGGAUGGAGAGGCGCCGCCGGAGGAGGAAAAGGAAUCCAUCAUGGAUCAAAUGCAGAACCUUCAGAACAUGGAUAUGGAGCAGAUCAAAGAAAAGGCUCAGGCCACGUUUGUGGAGAUGAAAUCCAAGGCUGAGGAGAAGUGCACUGUUAUGUAA